CUUGCUGGCAUAUUCUGCACGUAUUGAUAGAGCAUUCUUUUUUCUCAAUUUAAGAUCAGAAACAAAAAUCGUCAUAUAUUUAUCAUUGCUGAUUUUUUUGUUCCAAACAAAUGUUCAGUUUUCGAAAUUAAGCGCUACGAUGACCGUUGAUGGAGUAGGUUUUAAUGAUCAUCGAUCAAGGUUGCGAUUGUGUUGAAAGGCGAUGUCGUAAUACCGCCUCAUUCGUCUAUACUUGCGGAAAUGGUGACUGUGCGAUUUUUGGUUUAGCAAAAACUAAUGCGAUAUAGAAGAAUGAAAUUGACAGCUGUAAUACUUACUUUUUCACGACAUAACAACCGUAUUAUAGUACCUAGUUUUUGCAUUUACUAGGAAGAUAACAACGAAUGAAAUUGUUUGAAAAACAAGAUAUUGAGAUUAAGCUCCAGUUAAAGAUGUUGAGUUUUUUUAUCCGUUUUCAAUACUUCCAUGCACUGUACAAAUGUUCAGAAAAUGGCAAAUGGCAAAUGGCAUGUGCCACAACAGGUCAAUCGGUUUACUUCCGUCAUUUGGGUGGUCAAUUUCAUUUACAUCACGUGCUCAAGCGUCUCGCCUCAUCUACGGAAGAAACAUAGCCUUUGAAAUGUUCUCAAUUGUGUAACAGCUUUAAUUAUUAUCUAAUCAUUAGAUUCGCUUAGAUCUUGUAUAAUUGGAAACUGUCAAUAUAUUCAAUUAUUAUGCGUUCAAUUAUCGUCACCAAUAACAAGGGUACGAUCAUUUUAAUGAUUAGAUUGACUAUAAAGAAAAGCGAAGAAAAAAAAAUUUCGCCGAUUAUAUUAUGAAAUUUUCUACUUACUGUACUCUAAUGAUUUAUUUGUAUUAGGUUAUAAAUUUCAAUUAAACACCUGAACCCUGAAUUUAUAAAUAUUUCAAAUGUUUAGAUGCAAUCGAUAUUUUCUACAUUUUGAAUUGUAACGAAUUUAAAAACUAGAAAUCCUCGAAAUGGGUCUGACUGUCAAUGCUACUGGAAAAAAGUCUAAGCAUUCGAGUUCUCAUUCUUUUCUUAAUUACUUUUAUUUCAUUGAAAGGGAAAUUUAUCAUUACAAAUAUAGGGAGACAAACAAAUUUAUAUGAUUCUCCUAUUAAUCAUUCGAUAGUUUCACCAGGUUGCUGCAACAAAUAUUCUAUGCAGUGGAAAAAAGUGAACAAAUUGAUCCAAGCGAAAUAAAUGAAACGGAUAAUAGUGUAGUGUCACGCGCUAUACGUAAUCUUAUAUUUCAUAAGCAAGAACUUGGUUUCAAUGCGAUUAAAAUUGUCUUUAUGUUUGCAGCUCUAUCCAUAGCAAGUACAGUAUGCCAACUCGUUCGCACGAUUCAGGAAAUAAAUAUAUGACUCGAUUAUGUUGUUUUUGUUUUUACGCCUGUCCUCAUUCGCUUUACAUGGCUGAGCAAUGUCUCAGGUGGCCACCUAAGGAAGAGAAGGUAGGUGGAAAGAGAUACGUACGCAUCUCAAUCGGACGAAUUACAUAAAAGAAUGAUACCAUGCAUGCAUGAAACAGUUGCAAUCAGAGCGUAGACGUUAUAAGACGUAAACUCAACAGUGAUCGAACGAAAAAAAAAUUCGUACAAUCUGAAUAUUUCUUUUUGAAAUUUUAAGAUGUCACCAGGAUCAUCGGUAAUUUUAACGAUUUGCAUAUUGAUUGUGGUAAUCGAUAUUGGCUAUUGCCAAGUGAUUAAUUCACCUUUAACCUAUGUGGGAGAUCCAAGACAUCCGCGCGUAUUGGCUCAGGGUCCACCGAUCCAGAUAUCAGAUGCAUCUCAAUUAGCACACCCAGCCGUAGUUGAAAAUUCAAUUGCCGAAUCACGAUUGCCAUCGGAACUAUUGAAAUCACAUCGUUUCUACAGUAAUCCACAUGUUGCAGAAGCUCUUGCGCGAGACUCAUGGCUAACCGAUAAAGAAGCUCCAGUCUUUGAUAGAGAAGCCGAAAAAAUUCCACGUGAACAAGUAUUGAAAAUCUUCAAAAACGCUGGCUUCCUACAGCGGCGAAAACGAUCGAGAUUUUAGAUAUUCAGAAAUUGUUCUUUUUUCAUUUUUCUAAAUUGAUGAUCAAAUUAAGAAAAAAAUUAUUUAUUCGAUAUGAUUUAAAAAAACAACUCAUUAAACGGUGUUCAAAUCCAAUACUCGUGCUUC